GAUAUAUGUACUAAACAAUAGGAAAUAUCAGAACAUGUAGAUUUUUAUUUUUAAAAAUUACAAUAUCUUUUACUGCGUAGGAGCUGUACAAUUUGCACAUUAACGUUUUCUUUUCAUCCAAGGUUAUUAAAAAUUCAUACGACUGGUCCCUUUGUCUUUAGAAGAACCAUACAAUUAAGUGCUUUUAAGUGCCUACUAAUUUCAGCAUGAGUGGAAGUGGCGGUAACUCUUAGCGAAAAAAGGAGUUGCGGUUUUGAUGUCAGGGCUGCUACAUCGUAAAUAAUUCAAAAUGAACAUUUGCAACUGGAGACUAUAUCGUUCUUGCUGUCUACUUCGGAGUAACGUAAUAGCGAGAUGUGGUCGAGUAUUUUCAUCCCCCUCAAAGCCAAAAGAGGACAAAUUCAAGAUAGAGGAUAAGCCAUCUUGUUCAAGUAAAAAUGACUGGAUCGGGCCUCCAGAUCCUAUCUCUAAUAUCAGACCUGUGAAAUUUGGAGAACAUCCUGAAGAAACAGACACAGAGCGCAGUUUUCGACAACAGUGGGUAACGACCAUACAGUGGAAUCAAGAAUUCUGGUAUAAACAUAAUACCAAGUUCUUCAAGGAGAAAGAUGACUUUGUGAAAAAUAUAGAACAAAACAAAGGAGAAAGUAGCAUUUCUUUGGAAGAUCUUUCCAAGUUCUACAAAACAUUUUUGGAUGAAAAUAGGAAAACCCACUUGAAUUAUAACCGGGAAUGGUACAAAAGAAAUAUCUCCCUCUUAUGGCCUGCUAUGAAAGUUGCAUUCAUCCGAGGUUUACGACGAUUAAAGACAACUGCACCUCAAUCAUGAGAAAGAAAAGAAUGUGAGGAAUGAGUGUGUAAGGAAUGGAGAGAAUUGAGUGGAUGGUGCUGAAGGGAGUAAUUUUGUGUGCUUGUAAUGUUUACAUAUUGAGACCUUUGCUGAUAAAUGUAUGCUUGUGUCAUAUCACCAAGAAAAAUGUUUUCCCCUGUUUGUUCAUAUCUGCAAAACAAAAUAAAAAACAAAAAAAUGAGUGACAACUAACCAAAAAGACUGCAGAACCAUUUCAAUAAAUCUUUGAGACAAAAGCA